GUUUAUUCAAAGCUUGACCUGCUAAUGCUUCAAACUCACAAACAAUCACAACGAGGUGCAGUGGUUAUAAGCCGUUUACUCUCGCAGCUCAUCGUUUUGUCCUUGACCGCGCUUUUAUGACGUGCCAUACAUUUAACACACAUCGAUGAUACAAACAAGAUAAGCCGCGGGCAGCAAGGAGGCUAGGUCAAGGGGUGCACAUGGCGGAGACGCCUGCGGGCGGGGCCGGCCUGCCGAGCCAAGCUGCUGGCAGCGCCUUGGCAGCCGCUGGCGGUGCCCCGGUAGACGACAAAGAUGUGGACUGGUCCAGUGUUGACCAGGUGUCGCAGCUGGUAUCGCGCACUACCAUGGGCGCCAUGCAGCAGCUCUGGCGGCAGCACGCGGCGGGCAUGGACGAGCUGGGGCGGGCGUUUGCGGAGCGAAUGUACGACAGUCACAGCAAGGCAGUCAAGGAGAUCGCGGAGGUGAAGGACUUCGACCUGCGUGCGGUGCUGUCGCUGCUCAACAGCUUCACGAACGACACGCGGGAGCUAGUCCUGCAGGUCAUGCAGGACGCGCGGCGAAGCGAUGAUGACUUCACCCAGCAACUAUACCAGACCACGCGCAGCUCCUUUGCGCGCAACCUGCGUGCCGCGCUGGAGGCACGUGACGCCUGGUACCGCGAGAAGCUGCGUGGGCUGCGGCAGCGUCAUGACGCGCAGCUGGCCGCGGUGCGGCACGCGGCGGCAGUGGAGCUGCAGCAGCGCCAGAUGCAACUCAAGAUUGCGCUGGCACGCACGCUUGCGAAGAGCGCGCGCGGUGAUAACCCCGGCCUCAUGCUUGGGCUGCUGGGUGGCAGGGCUGGGCAGGCGGCGAGCUCAUCCGCAGCCGCCCUCGGCGGAGUCAACGCUGCUGGUGCCGCUGGGCAAGGCGACGGCACCUCCACCACGCCCGGCGGAGCCGCCACGGCCUCCGGCGGCGCCGCGGCGCCCGACCCCAGCACGGUCAAUUCCGGCGCGUCGCCUGCCGGCGCAGCCGGUGCCGGCUCCACGCCCGUCCGCAGCAGCACCACCGCCGCCCUCGCAGCCGUUGUGAACGCGGCCGCAAGCUCGGGCGCGGGCGGCGGCGAGGGCCUGUCGGGCCUGGGGCUGGGCAUGUCGGGCGGGGAGCUGGGUCCGGAGGCGGCCAUGCUUGAGGAGCUGUUCGAGGACGCCAACGCGGCGGAUGCGCUGAACCGGGAGCUGGAGGCGUCGCUGGCACGAGCCAAUGCAGACCUGGUGGACCUGCGGGAAAAGCUGGCGGCGUCACAGGAGGCGGCGCAGGAGGCGGCAACAGAGGCUAGCCAGUGGCGCAGCAAAUGGGCCAUUGAGUCCACCAAGACUGACUCCAUCAAGCGCGAGAGCAUGGCAAUCAUCGCCAAGUGUGAGGAGCACCUGACGCAGCUGCAGCAGCAGCACAUUGCCGAAAUCAGUCAGCGCGACUACCUGCUGCAGCGCUGCCGCGAUACGAUCAACGCCUUGGAGGCCAAGCAGGCUGCGGUGUCGGCGUCACCACUGCCCAGUGCCUCCGGGGCCGGCGGAACCGUAGCUGGGCACUCGCCCUAGGCCUGUGAGCCAGGCGCUUCGGGUCUAAGUGGGCCGUAUCGCCGCCUCAUGUUUACCCACAUCAUAGGAUGCGUAGCCGGCAAUUGGGUGUUGUCGUGGGGGUGUGAUGGGACAGGGGGUGGGGUUGCAAAGGCGCGACGACGGCGUUGGGUGGUCGGUUAGUUUGGCCAUGCAAGGGUAUGUAUGCGAAUCGUAUUUGCAGCAGUAACAAGAUACCGAGGCAGUCGGACUCAGGGCACGGCGCAGGGGUUAUGGGGUUCGUUGGGUAUGCACGGUGUCCCAUGCGGUUCUGCAAGUCCAGAGGAGGCGAGAGAUGCCAUUUCGCGCAAAUAUUCAUUUUAUAAUACUUUCAUAGGUUACUGCAAUACUCAAAAUGGCAGGCGACUAUCCCGUUUCCACGCCCGUGCCCGCUUCCCUGUAUCCGACGCUCGCGACCGUACUGCUAGGUGGAGGACUAUGCAUGACGGGUAGCUUUUUCCUCUAUGAGGUGACGAAGACAAAGUCCAACCGGCAGCUAAGCUCGGAACUCCUGUUGGCGUUCAUCUCCGCCGUGCUGCUUGGUCUAGGAACACUGUUCCUUCUGCUGUGGACCGGCGUAUAUGUAUAAGCUGAAGAUACACCUUGCGCGAGCGUCGGAUCAUUCCGCGGAGUGGCAUCGCGCUGGGCUUGGAGGAGGACAGAGAGCGCUGAACGGCUUUGACAAGAUGUUAGGAUACGCUGGGUGCGCAGGCGGAAUGGUGUGUUGUAGCGGCACAUUUGCGCCCCACGCUGGGUUCGUGUGUUGAGGGUGGCCCCGGGGGGGACCACCGCUGGUGGAGGAGCCGUGGCCUGUAGGAGUUUAGCACGCUGCAGGCCGGUUUGCUCCAUGCAAAGCACGCUUGGGAUCAAGGGGAUUCGGAGUAAAUAGUGAUAGUUGGGGGCAGGGUAUGGUCCCGGCGGACCUUGCUGCGACCUUUUGCACCAAGAAAGAUUCUGGUGCGCUGAUGCUAAUUUGCACAGACGCCUGCUGUACUGUAACAGCACAAGCUU